UCAGUCGACGAUCCCCACUCCACAUCCACAGUGCCUAGCUAGCUCAAGAAAGUAACACGCCGCCAUGGCCAUGGAGCAAGCAAUUUAUCUCGUCUUGGCUCUCGUGCUCCCCCUCCUACUCCUAAAGCACAUCAGAAAGCGCAGCGGCGGCGCUGGGCAGAAGCUGCCGCCUGGCCCCUGGCGGCUGCCGGUCAUCGGCAGCCUGCACCACCUCGCCGGCAAGCCGCUGGUCCACCGUGCCUUCGCGGACAUCGCGCACCGGCUGGGCGACGCGCCGCUGGUGUACCUCAAGCUCGGCGAGGUGCCGGUGGUGGUGGCCUCGUCUGCCGAGGCCGCGCGUGAGGUCAUGAAGACGCAGGACGUCACGUUCGCGACGCGGCCGUGGAGCCCCACCACCAAGAUCCUCAUGUCCGACGGGGUCGGGGUGGCGUUCGCGCCCUACGGCGCUCACUGGCGUCAGCUCCGCAAGAUCUGUAUAAUGGAGCUACUCAGCGCCCGCCGGGUGCAGUCGUUCCGCAACGUGCGGGAAGAGGAGGCGGGGCGCCUCGUGGCCGCCAUCGCAGCUGGUGCCGGCAAGGGCGAGCCCGUCAACGUCAGCGAGCGGCUCGCUGUGCUCAUCGCGGACAUGACCGUGCGCGCCAUGAUCGGGGACAGGUUCAGCAGACGGGAAGAGUUCCUGGAGGUGCUCCAGCAGGGGGUCAGGAUCCUCUCCGGGUUUAACCUCGGCGACCUCUUCCCCUCAUCCCGGCUCGUCGGCUUCGUCAGCGGCUCCGCCCGACAGGCGUGGGAGAAUCACACGAAAGGCUUCGAGCUCAUCGAGUGUGCCAUCAAGCAGCACGAGGAGGUGAAGGCCACCACCGCUGCGUCCAAUGGCGACGGGAAGGUGGGGGAGCAGGAGGACCUAUUGGACGUGCUCCUGAGGAUACAGAAGGAAGGAGGCCAUGACGUGCCUUUUACCAUGGGAGCCAUCAAGUGUCUAUUAGUGGACCUGUUUAGUGCGGGGAGCGAGACGUCGGCGACGACGCUCAUCUGGGCCAUGUCGGAGUUGAUGAGGAAUCCAACCACCAUGGCAAAAGCACAAGCCGAAGUACGUAACCACCUACAAGGGAAGCCAAGCGUAACCGAGGACGACCUGGCUGACCUCAAGUACAUGAGGCUGGUCAUCAAGGAGACGCUCAGGCUGCAUCCGUCGGUGCCCCUACUGCUGCCGCGCGAGCCCACCGAGGCGUGCAAGGUCCUCGGCUACGACGUGCCGAUGGGCACCACCAUGUUUGUGAACACGUGGGCGAUCUGCCGAGACCCCAAGCACUGGGAUGCCUCGGAGGAGUUCAGGCCGGAGCGGUUCGAGUCGGGCGAAGUGGACUUCAAGGGAACCAACUUCGAGUACACACCGUUCGGGGCAGGCCGGAGGAUCUGUCCGGGGAUGUUGUUCGCGCAGUCUAGCAUGGAGCUCGCCCUUGCCGCCCUCCUCUACCACUUUGACUGGGAGCUUCCUGCCGGAGGGGAGUUGGACAUGGAGGAGGAGAUGGGCAUCGCCGUCGGCCGAAAGAACGACCUGUAUCUGUAUGCCAAAGUCCACGUGCCGCUUAAUUAGCGUCUGCUUCGUAUGUCGCAUAUUGCAAUUAUGUACACAAAUUUCUCGUACAUUUUGUUACCAGUGUGUUAUGGUGGUAAGUACUGUACUGUUUUCAUGAUUUAUUAAAAUUCAAUAAUAUUUUUUGGUAUUUAUUAGCAAA